AUGCCCGCAGAUCUUUCACAAGUUGUUGGAUUCACCACUCCCGACAAACCAGUUGCAUGGAACAAGCGCGACCUUCUAACAUACGCAGUUGGUGUAGGAGCUAAAAACGACGAUUUCCAAUUUGUUUAUGAUCCCAAUUUUGCUGCUCUUCCCACAUAUCCCGUUGUACUUCAACUCAAGGGUGCCGACAGCGAUGUGAACCUCUUUAGCGACCGUAUUAAGGGACGGCCCAUACCCGGCAUGCCCACUCUCAACCCCAACCGCGUCGUACACGCCACUCAAUCCAUUGAAAUUGUGAAGCCUCUUCCUUUGGUUAGCGGAGAAGGAUGGACUUGGAAGACCCGUUACACUGGCGUAGUCGAAAAUAAAAGCGGUAUUAUCCUAACCGCUGAGAAUACUCUUGUCAGCCCAUCAGGCGAGGUUUACGCCAGACUCUUCUCAUCCUCAUUCAAUCUUGGUGCCAAAGCAACUGGGGAGAAAUUUUCCAAAUUCAUUGCCGGACCUCCUCAAGGCAAGCCCAUCCCCAAAGACCGCAAGGCUGACUGGGUUGUCGAGGACCAGACAACCCCAGAGCAGGCUAUUAUUUUCCGCCUAAGCGGAGACUAUAACCCUCUCCACAUCGACCCCAAGAUUGGACAAGGGGCUGGCUUUGGAGGUGUCAUUCUUCAUGGGCUGUCGACGUUCGGCUUUGCUGGCCGUGCGGUUCUGAAGACCGUUGGUGGAAACGACCCAAAUUCACUCAAGUUCUUCGGUGUGCGCUUCACCGCCCCUGUUAAGCCAGGGGAUAAGCUCGAGACCAGUAUCUGGGAAGUAGGCAAGGGCCCUAAAGGAACGACUGAAGUUGCCUUUGAGACCAAGAACUUGACUACUGGGAAGGUCGUUCUUGGUGGAGGUGUUGCCUACGUAGUUAAAAAGGCUGACGCCAAGUUGUAA